UUUAAAGUUUGCGUUCGCGUAUCCUCCGAUCUGCAUCGCGAACUCCACGCCAGCGAAAGGACUUCUUAAAAGACACCAUCUUCCAAGCAUCAGAGAAGCUCACACAACGAGAGAGAGAAAGAGAAAGAGUGUCACAGUCCCACUCGCACUAAGCUCAGCUGAACAACUGGCACACACCAGGUCAGACUGGAAAGAUCCGACUGCAUCUCUUGACUUCUUGCCUUUUAUUCUUCAUAUUUUGGGUCUGUUUCAGAUUUAAACAGGUCUGAUGGAGGAGACACGCAGUCAUGUCAAAACAGAAGAGAAAACUGGCUCACUGAAGAGAAAAGAGGAAACAUGUUUGACCUGCACUCAGUGUGGAAAGAGUCUGAGAUGCCAACGGAGUCUCAGGAAUCACAUGAUGAUCCACACUGGAGAGAAACCGUUCACAUGUGUUCAGUGCGGGACGAGUUUCAGACAAAAAUCAACCCUUAUUAAACACAUGAAGAUCCACACUGGAGAGAAACCGUUCACAUGUGUUCUGUGCGGGACGAGUUUCAGACAUUCAUCAAACCUUAAUGAACACAUGAUGAUCCACACUGGAGAGAAACCACACAAAUGUGAUCAAUGCGACAAAACAUUUUUGAGGGCUCCAGAGCUGAGGAGACAUCUUAGAGUUCACACAAAGGAGAAACCUUAUUCAUGUUCCUGGUGUGAAAAAAGAUUUAAAUGUCAGCAAAGUUUAGAAACCCAUCAGAAGAUCCACACUGGUGUUAGAGAGUAUAUGUGCUUUGAGUGUGAGAAGACUUUUAUUACAGCUGGAGAACUGAAAUGGCAUCAGAGGAUUCACACUGGAGAGAAACUGUUCACAUGCGUUCAGUGCGGGACGAGUUUCAGACAAUUAUCAUACCUUAAUAAACAUAUGAAGAUCCACACUGGAGAGAAAACACACAAAUGUGAUCAAUGCGGCAAAACAUUUUUGAGAGCUUCAGAGCUAAAGAAACAUCUUAGAGUUCACACAAAGGAGAAACCUUAUUCAUGUUCUUGGUGUGAAAAGAGAUUUACAUGUCAGUCAAAUUUAAAAACGCAUGAGAAGAUCCAUGCUGGUGUGAGAGAGUGUAUGUGCUUUGAGUGUGAGAAGACUUUUAUUACAGCUGAACAACUGAAACGGCAUCAGAGGAUCCACACUGGAGAGAAACCGUACGUGUGUUCACACUGCGACAAGACAUUCAGUCUGAUAGGAAACCUCAACAAACAUCAGAGGAUCCACACUGGAGAGAAACCGUACGUGUGUUCACACUGCGACAAGACAUUCAGUCUGUUAGGAAACCUGAAAACGCAUCAGAGGAUUCACACAGGAGAGAAACCGUUCAAAUGUGUUCAGUGUGGGAAGAGUUUCAGUCAAUUAUCAAACCUUAAUCUACACAUGUUGAUUCACACUAAAGAAAAAACACACAAGUGUCACACAAAUGUGAUCAAUGCAGCAAAACAUUUUUGAAGGCUUUAAAUCUGAAGAGCCAUCUUAAGGAGGUCGCACACCAGAUGCGUUGCGUCAUGCAUUUUAGAAUUCUAAACAUAGGUUUCUAUCAGGGUAUACGCACCGGCACCGAGAGUCGGCGCCAGCUCCUAGUCAUGACUCGCGACACUGUUCAUAUUUCUGAAUAGUUUCAUAAUAAAUAACAUUAGAAAGCGCGCGUCUGGUGUGCGAUACUUCCAACUGUCAUGUGCAUGGCGCAUCGGGUGCGACGCCCUUUAAAGUCCAUACAAUGUUAGACUUUGCUACAAUUUUACUGUAACUUACUGCAAAAAUGGCAGAAAAAUACUGCUAGCAUUCUGUACAGUACACUACUGCAAUGUGCAAGGCAUUGUGGGUAUUUUUACUACUUUUACAGUAUCUUACUGUAUAUUAAGGAUUUGCGGUAUUCUACUGUAAGUAAAAGCAGUACUGCUACUGUAAAAAGAUGGUAGACUUUUGAAUGUUAAUCAGUGUCGUUUUUUAUUCAACGGGUUAACGUUGUGACCUGUAGCAUAUAUUAUGCAUGUCCUAAAAUGGUGGUGUCAAGAUAUUUUACUCAACCAAAUGUAGGCAUGGGACGGUAAUGGUUUUCAAGGUAUACUGCAGGUUGGAAAAGUCAAGGUUUUAAUACCGCCAACAUUUUCUGUAAUAUUGUUCCUAAGGUAUGUGUAAGAUUUUAUUUAUUUACACUUUUUUUUUUUAGGACAACAGUAUCUCCAGCAGAAAAGAUAUCCAAAGAUGCCAUUUAAAUCGUAAAUACAUCAAUGUUUUUGAAACUAAUGAAGACAGAAGUUAAUGAUUAAUUUCCAUUAUUUAGCCUGACAUGUUUACUGCUCCAAAAUAUUUUAAAUGUUUCUCAAAAUAGAAUAUAUUGUGUUCAGAGGGGGAAAAACAUUUGUUGUUUACAGACAUUUUAAAAGAAUAUAUUUUAGAGCAGUAAUCACAAUACCGUGAUACUGUGAUAUUUUUAUCCAAAGUUAUCAUACCGUCAGAAUCUUAUACCGGCCCAUGCCUAACCAUAUGUAUAUUCUACCAAUGAUAGAAAACUACUAUGAGGACAUGGUCAGCAACAAUACUCAGGUAGGCUGUGGCAUCCACACAAUGCUUAAUUGGUACUAAUGGGCACAAAGUGUGCCAACAAAAUACCCCCCACACCAUUACACCAGCAGCCUGAACCGUUGAUAAAAGGCAGGAUGGAUCCAUGCUUUCAUUGCUGACGCCAAAUUCUGACCCGACCAUACCAAUGUAGCAGCAGAAAUGGAGACUCAUCAGACCAGGGAACGGUUUUUUAAUCUUCUAUUGUCCAGUUUUGGUGAGCCUGUGUGAAUUGUAGCCUCAGCAUCAACAAGACAUUUGAGAAGCCGCUCACUGGAUAUUUUCUCUUUUUCAGACCAUUCUCUGUAAACCCUAGAGAUGGUUGUGCGUUCAGAGCCCAGUAGAUCAGCAGUUUCUGAAAUACUCAGACCAGCCUGUUUGGCACCAACAACCACACCACUUUCAGAGUCACUUAAUUCACAUUUCUUCCCCAUUCUGAUGCUUUGUUUGAACUGCAGCAGAUCGUCUUGACCAUGUCUACAUGCCUAAAUGCAUUGAGUUGCUGCCAUGUGAUUGGCUGAUUUGAAACUUUGCAUAAACUAGCAGUUGGACAGGUGUACCUAAUAAAGUGACCGGUGAAUGAAUGUUAACAUUAUUAGUGUCAUUUAUAUGCACUGAAUGCUAAAAAGGAAUAA